UCUUCUCUCUCAAUUAAAUUUAGCACUCUCUCUCUCUCUCUCUCUCUCUCUCUCUCUCUGUGGGAAAACAUGGCAAUCCCUCUGUUUCUUGUACUCCUCUUGCCCCUUCUAUCUCCAAACCCCAUCUCUUGUUCACCAGUUCAAGACCCCGAGAAAGUAGUACAAGAAGUGAAUGAGCGCAUCAAUGCAUCGAGAAGGAAAUUGGGUUUUCUCUCUUGUGGGACGGGCAACCCCAUCGACGAUUGUUGGCGGUGCGAUCCAAAUUGGGAACAAAAUCGCCAACGCCUAGCAGAUUGCUCUAUUGGGUUUGGCAAAAAUGCCAUUGGUGGCAAGGACGGUAAAAUCUACAUUGUUACCGACCCGCAAGACAAUGACCCGGUAAACCCAAAACCCGGCACACUACGAUACGGCGUGAUCCAAGACGAGCCUCUGUGGAUCAUAUUCGCACGUGACAUGGUGAUCAAGCUCAAAGAAGAGCUGAUCAUGAAUUCAUUCAAGACGAUCGACGGUCGAGGAUCCAGCGUCCACAUCGCCGGCGGGCCCUGCCUCACAAUCCAGUUCGUAACCAACAUUAUCAUACACGGGAUCAACAUUCACGAUUGCAAGCAGGGGGGGAAUGCCAACGUGCGGGACUCCCCGCGGCACUACGGGUGGAGGACGAUAUCGGACGGCGAUGGCGUGUCGAUUUUCGGGGGAAGCCAUGUUUGGGUGGACCAUUGCUCGCUGUCGAACUGCAACGAUGGUCUCAUUGAUGCAAUUCAUGGAUCAACGGCUAUAACUAUAUCUAACAACUACAUGACCCACCAUAACAAGGUUAUGCUGUUGGGCCACAGUGAUAGCUUUACACAGGACAAGAACAUGCAAGUCACCAUUGCAUUCAACCACUUUGGGGAGGGGCUUGUGCAAAGGAUGCCAAGAUGUAGACAUGGAUACUUUCAUGUGGUGAACAAUGACUACACCCAUUGGGAAAUGUAUGCAAUUGGGGGAAGUGCAGAGCCCACCAUCAACAGCCAAGGCAACAGAUUCCUGGCUCCCAACGACAGGUUCAACAAAGAGAUUACAAAACGUGAGGAAGCGCCGGAGAGUGAAUGGAAGAAAUGGAAUUGGAGAUCCGAAGGCGAUUUAAUGUUGAAUGGUGCAUUUUUCACGGCGACCGGAGCCGGGGCAUCAUCUAGUUAUGCAAAGGCAUCGAGCUUGGGAGCGAGACCCUCUUCGCUAAUUAGCUCAAUUACUUCGGGAGCAGGUGCACUUGGCUGCAAGAAAGGCUCACGCUGCUAAUGAUCCAAUUAUGGCUGGCUGCACUUAAUGGGGAGGUCCUUAAUGAAUACUAUCACAGAUAUAGGCCAAUUGUAUUUACAAGCAAAUUUGUUUGUUGAAGAAGACACCAUUAUAUAUAGUUCUAAAUUAUGUGAUUACAAGUUACAACCUCAGCAUGUUUUUAACUGGAUUAUCACCAUCUGGGUAUGUAAGAAUUCUGAUGGAGCCCAGAUGGGAUUUGAAGAAACCAGAGCUGAAGUGUUGAUGAAUUGUGUAUUAUGUUUUGUUAUGUACUAGUGGAUGUCCGUGUCUAAAGGUACAUUAGAAUGUAACGUAGUCUCAGCUUAAAUAAAUUAUCAUUUCUACCCAA